CUUUAUGAGGUGCAACCAAAACAGCUGUUUGACAUAGCAACAGGGAUAUUCGGUCAAGGUGUCUCUCUAGCAUUUGUUCUUAAUACCGUUGUGGUUUUGAUCACUAAAAUGGCUGUGACUUUUGGACUCUCGUUGAGUGUUUCUUGGAUUUGCUGCCUGCUAAUUGGAGGGAUAACUUGUUUUACACUUAAAGGUAAUUCUAAUGGGCAUCAUGCCUACACUGGACCUGAACCAACUGGAUCCUAUGCCAAAGCAAGUGUGGUGCCUAGUCCAAAUGCUAAAGCUACUGGCCACAAUGCCACGUCAGCAGAAGCUACUGGCCACAAUGCCACGUCAGCAGAAGCUACUGGCCACAAUGCCACGCCAGCAGAAUCUACUGGCCACAAUGCCCCGUCAAGUGUGAAGUCCGGCCCCAGCGCCUCAGCAGAAGCGUCCGGCCCCGGCGCCUCAGCAGAAGCGUCCGGCGCCUCAGCAGAAGCGUCCGGCCCCGGCGCCUCAGCAGAAGCGUCCGGCCCCGGCGCCUCAGCAGAAGCGUCCGGCCCCGGCGCCUCAGCAAUAGCGUCCGGCCCCGGCGCCUCAGCAAUAGCGUCCGGCGCCUCAGCAGAAGCGUCCGGCCCCGGCGCCUCAGCAGAAGCGUCAAGCCUUGAACAGACCGCCCGACCACUCAACUAGGGAGAUCAUAAUUUGGUUUGCAUAACUCCUUAAUUGUUGUUCCCCUGUUACUGUGCCUCCCUUUAGAAGAAAAGGUAACUGAGGUGGGGAAAUGUGCCAACUAAGGCUCUUGUUUGAAAUGAGGAUCUCCUUCACUUGUCCAGCGUCAUGCAAAUUGUUUACAGGGGUGGACGCUACAAUGGUAUAAAUGGUUUUUAUAACCAUACGACUAAAAUUGACUUCUGACUUGCCAAUAUUGCUGACACACUUUUAGGUUCUACGGUUAUGCUUUUGAUUUAGCCUGGUGUUCCUGCUACUCUUCCAUGAUAUGCUCAAUAAACAAUUUGACUUUCAA